AUGGACGGAUCAUCUAUGACAUUAGAUAAUAAAGAGAUUAAAAAAACUAGAAGAGGCGGUAUUAAAUUCAAAGAGAGGCGCUUGGCUUUGAAGAAAGCCAAAAAAUUGGCCCUUGCAACUAUCAACCGCAAAACCAAAACUAGAUACCCAAGGGGAUCUAAGCAAACGGAUAUUAAUGGAACAAAAAGGAUAAGUGAUGGCGGAAUUAGGAAAAUUCACGUACCACCUAAUCGAAUGAGUCCCUUGAAAAAGUCAUGGGAGCAAAUCGUAAUUACAGUGGUGGAGAAGUUAGGACUUGAAAUUCGGAUGAAUACCCUAUCAAAAUGCAUCGAGAUUAGGAAACCAUCGCAAGCUAUUAAGGACACUAAUUCUAAACAUUCAAAAGAUGAUAUGGUCCUGGAUCAUGAAUCUAUUAAAGAAAACUCUUGCACGAGCCAGGAAAAUGAAAAUUUGCUCCAGAAAGCUUGCGACUACGUAAAAGCGUUUGUCAUUGGAUAUAAUCUAAAUGAUGCCGAAGCAAUACUACGCCUUGAAGAUAUAUUCUUAGAAACAUUCCAAAUUCAAGACGUUAAGCGACUGAGCGGUGAUCAUUUGAGCAGGUGUAUAGGUAGGUUAUCGGGGAGAGAUGGUAGGACAAAAUACGCAAUUGAAAAUGCCACAAGGACGCGGAUUGUAAUUGCAGGAAGUUCAAUUCAUAUUUUGGGCAGUUUCAAUUGUAUCGCAAUGGCACGGCGUUCCGUUUGUUCUCUAAUAUUGGGGACACCUCCCAGCAAAGUGUACAACCAACUCAGAACUAUCUCAAAGAGGUUGAAAGAGAGACUGUAA